AUGAAAGUAAUCGUUACCGGUGGCACUGGCUUCCUCGGCGCUGAAAUCCUGCGACAAUGCGUUGCGAACCCAGAAAUAACCUCGAUCAUUGCCCUCGCCCGUCGCGACCUCUCUCAAGAAUGGCAAGCUGAGAAGAAGAUAACCACCUUGAAAAUCAAAGAUUUUGGUACCUAUUCACCCGAAGAUCUAAAGGUCCUAGAAGGAGCCGAAGGGUGUUUCUGGGCCCUUGGGACCACACCGGAUAAAGCCAGACACAUGACGAACGAAGAGUUGAAAACUGUCAAUGAGGAUUGGCCAACUAAUGCUGCAAAGGCAUGGAGUCAAUGGCCACUUCCCGAUGGUAAAGUAUUCCGUUUCGUUUUCACGAGCGGAUCUCUAGUUCCCAGUCCCGAAGAUCUCGAUCAAAAACUCUGGUUUGGAGAGUAUAUGAGAAAAGGACGGGCAUAUACGGAACAGAACCUCCUCGGAAUAGCGAAAGAGGGUAAACUGGAUGCUUACGUCGCCAAACCUGGGUUCAUUACGACUGGCACACCGCUCUUUGGAAGGUUGACAUUUGGAAAGGGGUGGGUGAGCAAGGAGGCCAUGACUGCUGGCUAUUUGGAUCUGCUACUUCAUGGGAAUGAGAAAAAGGUUUUCUGGAACGAUGAUUUGAGGCAUCUGGGGGCUGAAGCCCAGAAGAAAUUUGCGGCGAAAAAAUAG